CGACCGUUGUCUCGAGCGGAAGGGAUGCCUGAGCGGCAGAAAUACUCGUGUUUUCUGAUUUCAUUUCACCUAGUUCUGUGCUGGACGUAAAAUUAUUGACAGUUGGAGAAAAGGGGCUGCUUCCUUGACCACAUGGCGAGAUUAAGUUCGGGAAUGAGUUUCUCUGCUGACUUCAAAGGAGCAAGAUCAGGAUCUGAGCAAGUGUGACUGGAGUGAGAGGUUUGCAGGGAGGACAGUAACUGAACGUUGGGCCAUCUUAAAGUACAGAUAAUUCAGAGAACAACCGAUUUUCACCAGCAGAGCACAUGUCUUCCAGAUUGACCCAGCUACCAAGAAGAACUGGGUCCCGGCAGGAAAACAGGCUCUCGCUGUGUCCUAUUUCUACGAUGGGACAAGGAACAGUUACCGUAUCAUUAGUGUGGAUGGAGCUAAGGUAAUUAUAAACAGCACUGUCACCCCGAACAUGACCUUCACAAAAACAUCACAGAAGUUUGGGCAGUGGGCAGACAGCCGAGCUAACACUGUCUUCGGGCUGGGAUUCUCCUCUGAGCAGCAAUUAACCAAGUUUGCAGAGAAAUUUCAGGAAGUUAAGGAGGCGGCAAAACUGGCAAGAGAUCGUUCUCAGGAGAAAACAGAAACAUCAAGUAAUCAUUCUCGUGAAUCCAGCCAUGAAACCCCAUCUUCUCCACAAGCAUCAAGUGUAAAUGGAACUGACGAUGAGAAAGCAACUCGUCCUCCUCCGAUUGAAAGCCUCCUGAAGAAUGACAAUGACCGGAUCAAAUUAGUCUCAACUCAAGGACCUGCUGCUGCAAAGAAAUGGGAGCAGGAACUCCAAACCUUGGGAGAGAAUAAUGCUCGACUCAGUAUUGCAUUGCAGGAAUCAACAAAUAAUGUUGAACACUGGAAAAAACAACUGUUGGCGUGUAAGGAAGAAGGAGAGAAACUCCGACAAAAGAUGAUGGAGCUUGAGGCUCAGUGCGCUGACUUCAAUCUGGAGAAAGAGAGGAACACACGACUGACUCGAACUGUGAAACAGCUGGAGACUGACAUUCAAGAAAAGGAGCAGGAGUUGGAGAGGCUGAGGGAGGAGGCUCAGGUCAUUCCCCAGCUCCUGGCAGAGUGUGAAGCUUUGAGGGAACGUCUCCAGACUGCGGAGAGUACAAACAAGGAGCUGGAAAACAAAGCAAGCUCAUUAAAGACAAAUAUUGAAGAAAGUCGGCAGAAACAGAGUGAUCUGAAGAAAGAGUUGACGACAUUUCUGGAAGUUCUGGAUGGAAAAAUUGAUGAGCUUCAUGGAUUCCGACAAGGCCUGGCCAAAUUGGGGAUGGACAAUUGAGGAUGGGGCAGGGUUUGGGGCAUGACAACAGAGAGAGACAUCUGUAACAUCGAGAAGCGGGUAAGGUUGGGGAUGGGAGGGGCUUGAUUGCAUCAUGAGGGCAGGGGCUGGAGGUUUAUAGGGGACUCAAAGGUGGGAGAUUUGGGGAUGGACAGAACGACUAGUGUCCUUGCUCUGACCCCUGACCCAUGAGCUGAAAAUACCUUUAGCCUGGUUAAAGCUGGAGAGGGAGAUGAAUCUGCAGCAAAUUCAGGUGAGGCCGCUUUAAGCACAAAUUUCCAUUAUUUCAGCCUAAUACAAAUGACCCCAUCAAUAACUGAAUGCUAAGUGUCUAUGCGCAAGAAAAGCAAGUAAUUGAUGUGGGAAUGAACUCCUUGCUAACUCAAACUGCACAUGUUCCUGGAAAUUUGGUCAUGUGAUCACCUGGCCAAACCCUCUUUUGACUCCUUGCUCACCUUUUAUGAAUAAUUAACCAGAUCUGUUAAGUAAAUGACAAAAGUUCAAUUUUAUGAGCUCUCUCCUGGGUUUCUGCACAUUUGGAAAAUGUACCUCUGAUUCCUAGAGAUUUCUGUUCAGAAUCAUCAACUAGGUCAAGUGGCGUAAGGGUUUGGAAUUUGAAGUGUAUCGUUUGUGUGAUCAGUUUUGAGCAGAAACUUUCAUUUUCUGGUUGUACAAAUGAUGCUGAAAGCACAACUUGAGAGUAUUUGGAGAGUUCUGGAGAACAGAAAAACAGCCUGCUGAUUUGAGUGUGUUUUUAAUGUUUGUUUCUUAUCGACAGGAAUAAAUGUUGACAUUCUAUUUUACAA